GAGAGCCCCCCUUUCUGAUGAGGAGUCAAAAACGAGCAGCUCCCAGCACUUGGGGUCUCAAGAGUUUUGCGUCAGCAGCAGCCUUUCCAAGGUGGAGCUCACGGCAGUCAGCGGUGGUGGCAGCAGUGCCCAGGGGCUGGAUGCUGAUGGCAAGGUGGAGGAAAAGCUUGGGCCCAAGCUGGAGGAGCAGCCACCUGAUCCCAACCCAAAUCCGGAGUGUACGGGAAAGACUGUGAAAGAUGAUGCCCUGGGCCCUCUGGCAAGCCAAGGGGAUGGCAGAGGGCAGGAGUCUGCAAUCCCCAGAGCUGCCGAACAGGAGAGCAGUGGUGCUGAUGCUGCCUGGACACCUGCAGAUCCUCACAGCGACAAGCAGGCUGAUGCUCCUCCAGCCUGCUCCGUGGCUCCAGAGGGUGAGCCUGCUGGGAAGGAGAAAACCACCCCAAGCGCUGGAGCACAAGGGCCAGGCAUGCUGGCAGAAGGGACGUUGUCUGUGGUUGUCUCCAGCUGCAACACCUCUGCCUCCAAUCCCGCUACUUUUACUUUGAACAGAGUGUGCUUUCCCACAUCUCAGGCCCCUGCUAUGCAAAAAAUGCCCGUGUCCUUUCAGGCUGGGGCAGUUCUGAGCCCGAGCCAGUCGCUGGUGUACAUCCCACCACCCAGCUGCGGGCAGCCGCUCAGCGUGGCUACACUUCCAGCCACCUUGGGGGUCUCCUCCACGCUCACCCUCCCCGUCCUGCCUUCCUACCUACACGAGCGUUGCCUGCCGGGCAUUAUCGCUUCUCCAGAGUUGCGCUCCUACCCCUACACCUUCUCCGUCACCAGACCCUUGGCUUCAGACGCCAAAGUGGUGUCUGUGGAGGUGAAUCAGCUUAGCUGCCCUUCGCCCUCGGGUGGCAGUGGUGCCCAGGCUGCUGCCGAGGGUGCUCCCCCGUCCACCGCUGGCCCUUCCCUCUCAUCCAGCCAGCCUCCGCUGGCAGCAUCGUGUGGGAGCGCUGCUCCCUCUUCCGGCACCGGUGCGCACGCCAGAGCCCCGGCAGCUCCUGAGCCGCACGCACCGGGGGCUGCCACCUCACUCUCUCCUCUGAAGUCCCCUCCACAGCUAGAGCGUGAGAUGGUCUCCUCUCCAGAGUGCAGCGAGAUGCCUCUCGAUCUCUCCUCCAAGUCCAAUCGUCAGAAACUGCCUCCACCCAGUCAACGCAAAACACCUCCUAUGCCCAUCCUCACACCCGUGCACACCAGCGGCAAAGCACUUCUCACCACAGUCCUGUCCAAGUCCCAGCGCGCGGCCCAGACUACGGGCAGCAGUGUCACCUCAUGUCUCGGCACCACCCCUCCCUUAGUCAUCUUCCCCGAGUUCCUGCGCAAUGGCGAGCAGGGCUCCUGGGUGAAGAACACCACGCUCAUCAGCACCAUUCCAGGCACCUACGUCGGCGUCGCCAACCCGGUGCCUGCCUCACUGCUGCUCAGCAAGGACCCCGGUGUGAGCUUCAGCAGGGACCCGCGCCACCUUCCCAAGCAGGAGCCUAUUUCUAUCAUCGAUCAGGGAGAGCCUCGCAGUGUUGGGGUUCCCUGUGGGAAGAAAGCCAAUCAGGUCAGCACAGAAGGACAGCAGGACCCUGCCAGGAGACUUCUUCAUAGUAGAGUUGCUCCAGGAGCUCCUUUGUGUCAGUCCAAGGACAUCUCCACCUGGAAUCCCGGCCAGGGAAGUGUGUACCCGCGAUGCCCUGUGAAUGGAAAACCUUCCAAUCCUCAGCUUCUGCCUCUUGGCUGGUCUCCUUAUCAUCAAACCCCCCUGCUUUCAAUUGGCAUCUCCACAGCCGGGCAGCUGCCCCCAAACCAGAAUAGCUCCUGCAAGCCAGCUGGUGCAGGUGAGCUCCCGACAUUCUCGAGCGUGCAGCCCACAGAGUCCAGCACAGCUGCCCAGAGCCUGCCGGAGGGGCUGCCCAGGCUCCCGCCUCAGGAACGGGAAGCUGCAGCCAAGAGCAAGAGCUGCCGGGCCUUGCCCAAGCUCUACGAAGAGCCGGCCAAUCCAGUCCCGUUGGAUGCAGGUCCAUCUCUUCAGACCAGUGCUUUGGAUGUGAAAGGGGGGAAGGGGAAGCUGGACAACCCUCAGAAGAGUCAAGAGUGUGAUCAACCAGAGGCUGACUCCAGUAAGGAGGGCAAUGUACAGACUGAGGCUCCCCAGGGGAGCUGUAGCCUCAAACAGUUGGAUGCAAAGCCUAAAAACCAAGUGUUAGCGGCAUAUUUGUCGCAUGAUGUGCCCGCAGCUGGGCAGCAGAGCCUGCGAAUGAUUUCAGAUGUGCCCAGUGUGCCCACGGAGAGUCAACACAAGGAGCUGGGCUGCGAAGGCUCCCAGGAGCCACCAGCUGCAGAGCCCCUCCAGUGCGUGCGUCAGGUGGAUCUGUGCAGGGUCAAGAAGGAGCGAGUGGAGUGUGACAUGUCAUUUACUUCUGUGACUUGCCUGCGAGCUGGGACUGCUCCCCAGGCCUUUGCCGAGGUCAAGCUCAAAGGAGCAGGCCAAAUCAAGCAAGAGGGCAGUGUGCGCUGCAAGUCCAAGCGGCAGCAUGAUGGGGACAUCAGGCAGGCCCACAAGAGACUGAAGUGCCAAGCCCAAGAUGGAGAGGAGUCCCCAAGCAAAUCGGGGAGCCGGAGUGUGCAUGGCCGGAAGUGGCGAAAACACCAUGACAAUCCGCAUGAACUCAGCAAGCGAGAAGGCCGGACCGGCCUGGGACCAGUGAAGGAUCACAACAGCCUCAGGGUAAAACGUAAGCGCAGGAGGCCAGCGAAGACGGAGUUCCCAUCUCCGGCGCACCGUGGCGACAACCACGAGGAAGGUUACCUUGAGAAGAAGCCCAAGAACAACUUUCGGGAUUUCAUUCCGGUGGUGCUGAGCAGCCGGACGCGCAGUCAGUCGGGAAGCAUCGCUGGCUCUUCUGCUAGUGUGACGGGAGAGUGUGAUGUGACUGGUCAGGAGAUUGUACCAUUGCUGGAGGAGGAUCAGGAAGAAGAGGAGGAGGAAGAGGAGGAGGAGACAUCCUUGAAACGUCGCAAGCUGCGAAAAUCCCACAGGACAUCACGCUAUCACAGUCGCAGGGCCAGGGACAGGUCUCUGUCCGAAAGGAGCAGCUGUUACACGAGGAGGACCCGGGAGCUGCCCUGGAGAGCGGAAUCACCCAGGCAGCUGUGGGAGCCCAAUGAGGAGGAGGAAGAUGACAGCCACAUCAAAAGGAAGAAAAGGAGACGACAGAAAAGUCGGAAAUACCAGACAGGGGAAUAUUUGACGGAGCGAGAGGAGGAGCGAGGGGGCUACCCCCACCGGAGGCGAAAAUCCAAAGCAG